GCCCUGGUAGCGCGGCUGCGGCGCAGUACCGGCCUCCUCUUCGGCGUUCCCACGCCCAUUCGGCGGGCUCUCGGCCUCCACGUCAGGGCCGCGCCGCGGAGAUGGCGGCUCAGAAGAUAAACGAGGGGCUGGAGCACCUGGCCAAAGCAGAGAAAUGCCUGAAAACUGGUUUUUUAAAAUGGAAGCCAGAUUAUGACAGUGCCGCUUCUGAGUAUGGAAAAGCAGCUGUUGCUUUUAAAAAUGCCAAACAGUUUGAACAAGCAAAAGACGCCUGCCUGAGAGAAGCUGUCGCCCACGAGAAUAACAGGGCUCUUUUUCAUGCUGCCAAAAAGCUUCUCUUCCCCCAUCUCAUCAAGAUCUCAUCUGAGAACUUAUAUUCUCUCUGCAGAGCUUAUGAACAAGCCGGCAUGAUGCUGAAGGAGAUGCAAAAACUCCCGGAGGCUGUUCAGCUGAUUGAGAAAGCUAGCAUGAUGUACCUGGAGAACGGCACCCCGGACACAGCAGCCAUGGCCUUGGAGCGGGCUGGAAAGCUUAUAGAAAACGUGGAUCCAGAAAAGGCUGUGCAGUUAUAUCAGCAGACAGCUAAUGUGUUUGAAAAUGAAGAGCGCUUACGACAGGCAGUUGAAUUACUAGGAAAGGCCUCCAGGCUGCUGGUGCGAGGGCGCAGGUUUGAUGAGGCGGCACUCUCUAUUCAGAAAGAAAAAAAUAUUUAUAAGGAAAUUGAGAAUUAUCCAACUUGUUAUAAGAAAACAAUUGCCCAAGUCUUAGUGCAUCUGCACAGAAAUGACUACGUGGCCGCAGAGCGCUGCGUCCGGGAGAGCUACAGCAUCCCUGGCUUCAAUGGCAGUGAGGACUGCACCGCCCUGGAGCAGCUGCUCGAGGGCUACGACCAGCAGGACCAGGACCAGGUGGCCGAGGUCUGCAACUCGCCCCUGUUCAAGUACAUGGACAAUGACAUACAUCUUCAGCUAUUUACAUGAUCCCAGCCGUGCUGGACAAGAACAAUAUUUCGUCUGUUCUUGUAAGUUGUGCCUUAUGCCGGGAGUCAGUUAAGUCCCUCUGGGGGUUACUUCAAAUGCGUGGAGCUUUUUAAGGUGCCAGUCAUCCUGCUACUGUCACACUGUGCUCUCUGGCCUUGGUGAGGUGGGAGGCUUCAGCACACCUUCCAAGAGAGUAAUUCUUUCAUCGAGUUAAGUGAGAGAAAAAUACCCAGGAGGUGAGAAAACUGAAAUGGCAUUGUUUGCAUUUAUACAUAGUUGACACCUUAGUUACCAGCGGAUUUACUAAAAUUAAUCACACGUUUAUUGAGUGAGUGCUGUGUAAUGCUGGCCUGUCCUCUGGGGAAUGGGGAUCGGUAGUAGGAUUUGACACCAGGAUUUGGUGGAAGUUGGAGUAAGAGGUGGAGAGAAUGCAGGGGACGGAGGGGCUUGGGUGCAAUGCGAUUUUGGUUUCCCUCAGGACACCUUGGCGUGUUCUGAGUGGCCUUGUGGUCCCCCUGGCGUUUGUGAAGACGGGUCAGCUGGGAAAGACAACAGAAGCCGUCUCCCUCUGUCUCCCUCUGUCCCCGCCCCCAUGUUUUCAUUAGGUUGGUAUCAAGAAAAGGCUCGUCACCGACUUUAAUUUGAUACUAAAUUUAAGGACAUAAAAAAUGUCUUGAAGGAAAAAAGGACUGAGGCAAACAUCCCUUUCGAAAAAGGAGAGCAACCCUUUUCCAUUUGAGUGUUUUUUUAAAUGGUCAAGGGGCCUUUGCCCAUGGAAAGAACUUACAUGGCUUUUAAUAACAGUCAGUGGUACUGAUUAAAAUUCCCCUAAAAAAUAGCCCCACUUACAAACUAGGUGAACUAAAUCCCCUUCGAAUUUAAGGUAGAACAUUUUAAAUUAUAUUUAUAAAUCUUUUAUUUCUGAUUCUCCCAAAGCUUUCAAGAGGCCUAAAUAGGGCCGUUUUAAAACUUAGCUUUCAAAAUCUCAGUAAGCACUUAGCUAACUUGUAUACGUACAGUAAAUCUUGUGUGUAUUGUUUGUAAAUGUGAAUGAAUGUGACCUCCGCCAGGGGGCGCCUUGAUUCUCUCCCGGGCAGCAAGUCUCCGGACGUUGAGCCAGUAUUAAAUACAGAAGCGCUCAACGGAGGUGGCUCUGUUCAUUGAAGUUGGCCGGCCCCUCGUCAGGCUCUGUCACUCUGUGUUACCACCGUUAUCUAGCACCUUUCAAACCAAAUGGAUGUAACAUUGCUAAGUCCACGGAAACGUACUGUACCUUACGGAGUGGUUUCGCCCACCCUCCACACCUCACUUAGAGGGGCUGAGUGUACCCCACACCUCAGGUUUCAAGAAGCAUAUGAGUCCCUGCCCCCCAGGAUCCAGCCACGCUGUCUCGGGUGAUUGUUGGCCUCCAGGUUUCCAGGUGUCGGAAUGUCGGAGCCAAACCAUAAAGUUGAUUGAAGCUAAGCUGGGCUCGGGCUGUGAUUUCCCAGAGGUGAUAACAUGGGCAGCGUGGUGGUCGGGAGAGAAGGAGAAAUCAGAAACAGAGUUUGUUCGACCUGCCCUGUUGGCACUUGGAGCUUGUCCAUGACUCCUCCCUAGAGCCCGUCGCCAGCCCCUCUUGGGUGGGCUUCCCGCGUGGAGCAGGGCAGCGGUCUGCCCUGAAGACCUCGGCAGUGAGCACUGUCGCCUGCACGGCCGGUGGAGGAUCCAUACACCCUCAGGCCCUAUUCACCCGAUGACCGUGGGUUGAGUCAGAGCCACGUGGCCCCAGAGAGUGGUGGCUGUGGCCCUGGCCCUGCCCCUCAUCCCGCUGGGCCCAUGGACAGUGCAGGAAUCGGUCACGGGCACAUACUGCUUACCGUAAAUUCAUGUCAGGUUGGGGACUGGGUGACAGAAGUCACUGCAUCUCAUGGGGGUCAGACUGACCCUGGGCACCCAGAGGAAUGUGUCGUCUCUGAGCUGCAGGCAUCAUCGUCUAGGAGGUGCACAGACCCUGUUCCCCGAGGGUGUCCACGCGCGACCCACGCCCAACUCCGGCAGCAGUGAUGGGCUUGGAGGCGCGCUUCAGCCAGGGCCAGCUUCAUGAUUUUCGGGGCCCAGGGCAAAAUGAAAAUGGAGGGCCCUUUGUUCCAAACUCAGGCAGAAAGCCUUCUUCCCCUCCUGUGUGUCCCUCUGCCUGCCCCGCCCUGCCCCGCCUUUGUCUUCAGGGCCAGUCCUUGGGGAGAGCACCUCAUGGGGGCAUCGGCCCUGCCAGCAACUCGGCCCAGAGGUUGCCACAGGGGCGGGGGGCCCCCCAACAUCUAAGGCUCCAAGCCCCAGCACAUCCCCCACCGCCCCAUAGCACUUCGCUUACAAAACACAAACCCAAAGGCAAAAUUCUUAAACUCCAGGUGACCUCAGGGAUGGCCCCUCUGGGUUCUGCGGGCCCUGUGCCACUGCAGAGAUCGCUGGAAGCAGGGUUGUCUGGGCCGGGCCCCACUGCAGGGCAGCCGGCGGACGGCCUGGGUGCAGGUGUAAACGUGCUCCUUCCGCAGCAGCAGUUUCCUGUUUGGAUGUGCACCCUACCCUGGACGUGACUCCAGCCUGGGGCAGCUCCCCCAGGCCCUGGGGGUCUAGUUCCGGGCUCCAUUGCAGGAGGGUGGAUGGAUUUGAUCCUUCAGCCCAGAAGCCCUCCGGCCUCUCAGGCCCUUUACUGCCCAGGGAACAAAUGGCAUUUCUCCUGCUGGUACUAAGCCAGCCUCCUUGAAUUACUACUAAGCUGGGAGGCCCCCCUGGGGUGGGGGGAGGGGAUCAGAGGUUUAAAGAAACCCAGACCCUUCAGUCUGCAGUGGAGACGCCCCAGAACCAAUGGGAAGGCUGCUGAGGGUGGGGGGUAAACCAGUGGCCCUCAGCCACUGCAGCCAUCCCGCUCCUCAGGACGGGGAAGCACAGGAUGCUGCGCCAGAGAGCUGAGGUGCACGUCAGAGGAGUGAUCUCAGUGAGCCCGGACUGGGGCGUUUUCCCAUACACAGAAAAGCGGAUGUCUGGUUUUCUUUAAUUAAGUGAUCUUUGAUGUCCCAUCUACCUGGGGUUUGUUGCAAAACCCCCUCUGUAUCCUGGCUUCUCCCUUACCUCUUCAGAGCAGUCCCUCACAGGUAUCUGAGGGGCUGCCUCCCGACUUGAAGUUCUUAGAAAGUCUGCUGAGUAAAACAUAAUUCUCAACUUUUAGGUUGUGCUUUUUUUCCCCCCCCAGUUGAUGGCCUUUAUCUGUGGGCUGUCUCCCUCCUCCCCCCCCUUUUUGGCUUGUUUAAUAACAAGCAGGUUUGUGACUCUGCCUGAAAUGCCCAGUUUCUUAGGAGGAUCUUUAACAUUUUUUGUCAGUGUUUUAUCAACAUUUUUUAUCAGUCGUAGAACUGCACAGGUCGUGCAUGAUUAAAAGUCUGGCAAAUCACCACUUUAUUUCUACAACGCCUAUACUUUUUUUUUUUUUUUUUUUGCGGUACACGGGAUCUCACUGUUGUGGCCUCUCCCGUCGCGGAGCACAGGCUCUGGACGCGCAGGCUCAGCGGCCAUGGCUCACGGGCCUAGCUGCUCCACGGCAUGUGGGAUCUUCCCGGACCGGGGCACGAACCUGUGUCCCCUGCAUCGGCAGGCGGACUCUCAACCACUGCGCCACCAGGGAAACCCCCUUGGAUUGUUUUUUCCUAAUGUGUUCUGAUUUUUUUUGUUAUUAAUUUUCCCAUUUUCAAGGUUUGUAACAUUUACAUCUUGUUCUUUAACCACAAUCCCUCAGGUUUUUUAGUCUUAAAAACUUAAUCUUAAAUUUAUAUUUAAAUGGGUUUAGAGCUCACCAGCACCAGUUUUUAACCAUUAUUUUUCCUUUUUUUAAAAAAAAUGAUUUUGACUCAUCCCUUGAUUGGCUAAAUUUCACCAUUUCUCUUUUUCCAAGAAAAGCUCAUGGAUUUCUUGAAUUAUUGCCUACAUGACAGCAUCUGCCUUGUGUCUUUUUACUUUAUGUACAACUUGGCUAAGUAGAACACUUAUGGGUGACACCUUCCCCCCUCAGAAACUUGUUAAUAUUGCUUUACUCCUGGCCGUGAAAACUGCAUGGGAGGAAUCUGAGCCAACCAGCCCUUCCCCUUGUGUGUAUGUGGACGUUCCGCCCGAUGCACCUGACUCUUCCUGUGUCCCGGGGCUCCCACCCUGGACUAAGCUGGGUGUUGAUAAUUCUACAUGGGGUUUAUAUAUUCACGGUGCAGGUUGUAUAGUCAAAUGUGCCAUCGUUUCAGGAAUAUUUAAUUCUAAAUGAAUUUAUUUUCAUCAAAGUAAUAUAUGCACAUAACCUAAGGGUCAAAUACACUCCGUCUACACUCCCCCAAACCCCAAUCCAAUUUUCUGGUGAUGACCAAAUUCACAUUUUCUCUUUCUUUUAUGUAUACUUCUAAAUAACAUGUUUGUAAUAUAACAUAACAUGUUUAUAAUGUUCUUCCUUGGUUUUUAGAUUUUAGAAAGUGUUGAAUAAGUUCCUUUGGUGAAAGUUGAGAUUUCUCCUAGGACUUUUUGCAGCCCCCUGCCUCAGCUAAUACAGUUUUGAUUGAUUAGUGCCUUAUGUUUUCAUAUUUUACAUAUAUAAGUAAUAUCUAUUGCUUAUCAGAUUUUUCCGUAACUAGCAUAGAGGUUUUCCCUGAACAUCCAAAGGCUUUCUCCACCUUCCUUACCCUGAUUUUUUUUUUCCAUAGUCUUUUCUUGUCUUUCCUCCCUUCAAGAAUACAACCCAGGGACUUAGUCUUAUCCCCAGGGCCUAGAACCGUGCCUGGCUUGAAAUCGUUACACAUUAGAUCCUUGCUAAGUGAAUAAAUCUGAGAAAAUAGAGAGCCACAAUUAUGUAUUCUUUCUUGUUCAUCCUUUGUUUUUUCCCCAAAUUAAUAAUUGCCUGGAAUUAAUCAUAGCCUCACUUUUUUACUUGCCUGUAUUUCUAUAUAAUUAUAAUUGAUCCUUUUCAAAAUUCCCAAAGGGCUUUUAACCCCUCUGCACACUCUCCAUGUUGCAGUGAUACAUCACGUGGGCCCUCCUCCAGCCCCCAGCCUCCCUGGUGUCCAGCAUUGUGAGCAGCUGUGUGCAGACGCCCUCCCCACGCAGGGGUCUCUGUGCCCCUCCCUCUCCCCAGGGUCCUGCUUCCUGGUUCCCAUCUUCCUCUUCCUUGUUUAUUCCCUCAUUUCAGUGGAGCACGUCUUCCAGGAAUUUCCCAGAAAAUGGGGCCAGAGGGACUGUUUUGAGCUGUUGGCUGUCUGCACUGUGUCACCGUAAUGUUUGUGCCUUGGCUGGAAAUCCUCUUCCCUCAGGGAUUCGAAAGCACUGCUCCAUUACCUUCUAGCUCCAUGUCCAAGUCCAUUGCCCGUUUGAUAGUUCUCCUCUGUCUGAAAUUACCUCGGAUGUGCUCUGAAAUUUCACCAGAUGUGCCCUGGAGUGAUUCUUUGCAUUGAUUAUGCUGGGAAAAUCUCUUCAUUUCUUUAUUUUUAAAAGUAAUUUCCACUCUUCAGUUUUCUCUUCUUAAAUUUCCUAUUAGUGGUGUGUUGCACUGCCCGAUUCAAUCCUCUAAUUUUAUUACCUCUUCUCUCCUAUUUUUCAUCUUUUACACAUUUUCUCAAUUUUAUCUUUCAAACCUUCCAUUCAUUUCCACUUAAGGUCUCAGAUUUUUAAUUUGCACUGAGCUCUUCCUUCUUACCUCAUUUUCUAAUUGUUCCUUUUUCCACUCCUAACAUAAACUAUUCUUAUUUCCUGAACCCAAUAUCAUGUAUUAUCUUUUGGAAAAUGCCGAUUAUCCUGCUUUUCAAAUUCUGCCCCUGAGAUGCAUUUUGGCCUCUGUCUUUGUGUUGAAGGCACUCCCAAGUGUCUGGUGAUUCUCUGUGACUCUUUACCUUUGAGAGGGAGGCACUAAAAGCUACCCGGGGUUGCCGGGAGGCUGUUUGUGGGCGGGGUUAUGGGUGAAGGGCUGUGAUGCAGGGUGAUUUGUACACGUGUUUGGAAGUUUCUUUUGGGGAUCCCAGGAUGCUGAGGAGCUGAAGGUCUUUUCCCUGGUCCGUUGGUCCUUCCAGAGAAGACAACUCAUGUUCUGUGAGCAGGUGGAAGAGGGGCCAGGGUCUCCCAGCAGCUCCUGAACUUGCACUUGUAAUUCUGUUAACAUGAUGAAUUACAAUGACAUGUUUUCUGAUGUUAAACCCACUUGAUCAUGAUGAAUUUUUUUUAGUGUACUGCUGAAAUGGAUUUGCUGAUGCUUUGUUAAGGAUUUCUGUGUCUGUGCUCAUGGGGGCUAUCUUUCUUUAAGUUCCUUAUCUUGAAACGUCUUUGAUGAUUUUGGCACCAGGGUAACCGUGGCCUUAGCAAAUGAGCUGAGAAGCAUUCCUUUCUCCUGUGCUUUCUAAGAGAGUUCAUGGAAGGAUUGGUAUUUCUCUUUACAUUUUUGCCAGAAUUCAAAAAUGAAUUCAUCUUGCCUGGAGUUUUUUUUUCUGGGAAAGUUUUCAAUUAUGAAUUCAGUUUCCUUAAUUGGCAUAGGACUAUUCUGUUUCUUUGAAAAUUUUCUUUUGAGUCAGUUUUUGCAAUACAUGCCUUUCAUGGAAUUUUUCCAUUUUGUUUAAGUUGUAAAAUUUAUUGACCUACACUUGUUCAUAAUAUAUAACCUCAUCAUCCUUUUAAUGUCUGGAAAAUCUGGAGUGAUGUCCCUCAGCUUCUGGCUCUCAAAUCAGUAUUUAUUGCUUUAUUCCAUUUGUAUUUUUCUAUUUCUUCUUGAGUUGAAUUUUAUCAUUUACAUAUACAUUUUAAGAAAAUUUUCUAUUUGAUCUAAGUUUUCAAGUAUAUUAGUACAUAAUUGUUUAUAAUAUUUCCUUAUGGUUGUUUUUAAAUUUAUGCUUUGUCUUUCUCUUUUUCUUUUCCCUUUUUUUCUUUUGUCAGCCUUGGUAGAGCUUUGUUUGAGUUUAUUUUCUUCAGAAACAACUUGAUUUUAGUGUUACUCUCUUGCAUUUUUUCUUGUAUUUUCUCUCUUACAAAUAUUCUUACCUUUGACUUCCUUUAUCUAUUAUUUAUGUUUAUUAUUAUCUGUUUCAUUCUAUCUAUUCUCUCUUCCAUCUUGAAUUAAAAGCUUAAUUCAUCUAUUUUCAGUCUCAUUGAUUAGUGCACCUUACUUACAUUUUACAAAUUUUGAAAUGUAGUCAUUUUCUUUUGAUGAAUUAAACAAUUUUGCAUUCCAUUUUUUUAAACUCAUGAACUAUUUAGGAAUUUACAUUUUCCUACCAUGAUUUUAAAAUUAUUUUUGCUUAGUCAUUAGUAAUUUUUCAAUCUUGGUUUAAGAACAUGUGAGUCAAGACAGGCUAGAUCAUGCUGCCAGAAUGAAUAACCCCUGAAUCCCUGUGGCUUAAAACAGCACAAUUUUAAUCUCACCUACACUGUGGGACCAUCAAAGUUUGGUAGUUACCUGGGCACCCUGUUACCAGUUGCUGUGUGAGCGGUUCCAGGAGAGAGGAGGAAAGAAUGUCUGAAAGCUCCAGGCCACUAGGGACAGAACUCAUCACAAAGCCCUACCCGAUCACAAGGGGCAGAGGUGGGAAAUGCAGUCCUGCUACGUGCCUGGAAGAGGGGAGAGCUGUGUGGGGUAAACAGCGCAGUAUGAGGACUUUUGGUUGCAAUUUGUUGAUACUUUUUAAAUUUAACCUGGUCAAGUUUCGUAAAUGUUCCGUGUACCCUAGAGUUUAUGUAUUCUCUAUUUGUAGAGGGUUGGGCUCUGUAAAAAGUGGACAUAUCAGACUUCUGAGCUGAGUUGUUCGAAUAAUUAUUCACCUUGAUCUGUGAGAUUCUGCAAGAAGACUCUUCUAAUCUCUCACCAUGGCCAUGACUUUGAUUCCAUCAGUUUCUCCUUGCACUUAUGUCCAUGUAUUUCGAAGGUGACAUGGUUAGGUUUGAUUACUGUAUGCUUUUGAUCUGCACCCCUAAUUUUUACCAAAAAUGAUAAAAAUACUGAUCAAGAGGGCUCAUAUACUGGCCAUCUUCUCUAAUUCACUACUAACUGGUGCUAGUUGUCACUACAGCAUAUGGCCAGGAUUUCAUUUUAUCCUCCCAGCCCGGCUGUAAGGCCAUUGCAAUAUUAUUGAUUUAUUCCUGAACACAGAUCCCAGACCAGAUCCUCAAAGGCCCAGUUCCUUCCUCCACCCAUGCUGCUCUCAGAAAAGACAAACUGCUGUUUGAGGCCAAAACAACCAUGAAAGACCCAUUUUCCCCAGCAGCUGUUUUGGUGGUUCUGUGUGUGCAAAUACUCGUACUAUGGAAACAAGCUGUUCAAACUGUGUCUUGCCACUCUGCCAAGUUGCAGGGCAGUUACCUGAGGGCAGGUGAUGUGUCCGUCGUUCAUCGGUACAUCGUCAGCGCCUAGCGCAGAGUGGGGCUUAGCAACACCAGGACCAAGAGGGACAAAGGGAUACAAGCUGUGUGGGGUGGGGUGUGGGUGGGGUGGGGUGGCGUGUGUGUGGGGGUCCCUGGUCUGUAACCUUCUUCCUUCUGAUUCCUUCCCUGAAUGUAUUCCCUUUUCUGUAGUUCAUUUCCUGGGUCAUUCUCAUCAGGGGUCCCACAAAGCAGUGCUGAGCCCAAACACCUUCCUCGUGACCUCGUGACCCCCCCCAUCCCCCUUGGUGUCUCCAUGGAGCCUGCCUGAGCCUGGCGCUCUCUCUGGCCAGACCCCAGCAUGGGAGGCGGCCCGGCCAGGCUCCCACGAUGACUGAGGUCUGCAAGGGCCCCCCUCGGCCCUUCUGCAAGAAGACUUUGUUUUUAGUACAAAUGUACAUUCAGUACAUUUUCAGUACUGACACCACAGGGUCUCUCCUCUGUUUUCUGGUUAUUUUAUAUUUUCUGAUUUUUUUGGUUUUGGGGGGUUUUUUUGUUAUGCUUUCUGGGUUUCAUGCCCCAAGGGCCGUGCAGGGCAGAGGUGCUUGUCAUCAGCCUCUGGGGCUCCGGGCAGCGCUGAACAAUGAACCAUCUGCAAGGCUCAUUAAUAUUUCACACCUUGCAUCAGCCAGAUGCCCCGGAGCAACAUCGCUCAUGAUUUCGUAGAGCUGUGUGGUUCUUUAAUGUGUGGUUAGCGUUUUAGGAAGGCCCAGCCCUGGAGCGCUCAGCGUUUGUGCUGGCAGCCUCCCGGUCAGGCUCUGGGCAGCCCCUCGGGGCCGAGCCACCAGCCAGCCAACGGCACCGGGAAUCCAGAGAGGUUACCCCAGAACUUUCCACGGCUCAGCUGGCCUCUGUUUUCAUAAAGUCUUCCUACGUGGAGAUGGAACAACAUUUGCGUAUGUGAAGUUUUCCCUGGAAGAAACUUGCUGUGAUGGAGGUGGUACCAAAAAUCUAAACAGAUGAACGCAUCAGGGAAAACAGAAGAUGGAAACCGGUUUUAUUUAGUAGGAUUUUAAGUGCCUACACUGGCACACUUGGAGGUCUGCGUCCUGGGAAGUGAGUGAGGGCCUGGGUCCUGCGGCUGCAUCGGGGCAGGCCCAGCAGUGCAGGCAUCGGGUCGGUUGGUCCAGGUGUUCUGGGCUCUAUCCCAGGCGGUGUCCUUCUCCGGUGACUCCUGUCUCCUCCAGGCCCUCCCUUUCCUAUUUCCCACUGUCCUCUGGACACCAUCCACCCUUCGUGUAAGUUCAAGGCAACAUGCCCCCUGCCCUGGGGCUGCUCCAUUUGGGACUUCUCUCUAGCGCAGAACAGCAAAUGUAGUUUGUCUUUGCAAAAUAAUCUAAUCCAGUGGGUGGGGAGUGAUUUCAUGGGAGGUCUGAGAGGCUCCUUAGUGAUACUGAACCCAGACCAAGUGGGUGACUGACUCACUGCCCCCUCUAGGGUUGAGCCCAGGCUUGGAGCCACCGACUAAGCCUCACUUAUUAUCAUUUAUUAAUGAGGCAGACCAGACAUUUCCAGUGAUUGGCUACUUAGUUCCAAGCCUAGAGACGUCCCUUGUCAGCCAUCAUUUUUAUAAGGCUGCAAAAAUUCUUCACUUUUCUCCAUAAGCUUGACCUAGUUUUCUCAUCAGGCCUUUGACCAGCAGCCGAGAAAGUGUUAAGUGAUCAGGAGGGGAAUGUGAGGGACGUGGAUACAGACCUUCCUUCUCUGAGCUUUAGUUUCUCAAUUGCUUUAGACGCCCCUUUCGUGGGGGUGGGGGAAUGAAAUUUUGGAUCCAGGCAGGGUAGACGACAGCUUGGCUAGAAGGCAAGGGUCAACAUUUCCCAAGCGUCUUCGCCUGGAAUCACGACUCCAGCUCUGUGUGCGUCUCCAGAGCAUCCCUCGGAAGCAGGACGGGAAGGGAGCGUCCUCCAACCUGGCUGAUGUCAGAAUCACCUGGAUGGUUGAAAUGUGGUAGAUGCUUGGACCCCGGACCCCAGGUCAGAGUUGUGGGAUCAUGUGAAGUCUAGAAGUCUGUAUUUUCUAACAAGAACUGGGGGUGAUUCUGAUGAUUAGUCUGUGUUAGGAGCGCAUGGAUUAGACAUCCUGUCCCCAAACACAGAUCCAUGACAAGAGCUGGGACGCUGAUGAAACGAGGUAUUUCUGGGCCCUAGAUCCGUAUGAUCUGAUCGGUGAGUCUUGUAGGGUUCUGGAACCUAUGGUUUUUCAAAGCUCUUCUGUUGGUUCUGAUGAAAUUCCAGGACCACGGGAUGGAGACCAGGGCUGCAAGCCCACUGCUGUAAUGAGCAGUAAGAAUGGCUUGCACAGGGCAGGAGCGGGGCUCCGGACUGGAGGGGCAGGGGUUUAGGGGAGUCGACCAAACAGGUAUCUGUUGACUUCAUGGCCUGAGCGAGUCCCAGACCCUCUGAGCCCCUCUGCCCCAGUGAAUGAGUAUUAACAAGUAGCAGGCAGGAAAGAGAGAGAGCGUUGGGGUGAAAAUCAUGAUUUUGGUUUUGGUCCUGAAUGUGAAUGUGAGGUGCCUGUGGGUUCUUCAUCUAGGAUCCAUCUGAGCAGUGGGUAAAAGGCAAGACAGACGCCGAGGAAGGAAAUCAGUGUAGAGCGCCUGCCUGGACGGGCAUUCAGUCCGGAUGACAUCCCUCAUUGAUGGUGACGUUUGUCACCCAGAAGCGAGCUUGGUGAGAGAGACAGAACCACCAGGAGGAAGAGGGCUCCUAGGAAAGCUUUCGGAGCUGAUUUUAGGCACUUUUGAAAGGAAGACUCUGUUCCCCCUUGGAUGACGUCUUGCCUGCAGGGCAGGGGUUACGAUGAGGACCCUCCGCUGAGAGCCGGGCCGCCUAUUCCUUCCAGGGCCCCGAAGCUCUUCCGGGCUGUUCCGAGCGUCUGAACCCCUCCCUCGGGUUGGGAGACUGGCUGGUAUCCCCCUGACACCCAAGGUGACACCAACCAGCCUAGAGGCACUUCCUCCUGGCAUUGGACGACGUUCACUGGGAAGGAGACGUACACGUUUGUGUGAGAGACGUAGGGGCUGUGCCUGUGAGACGUGGGGCCUCCUGGGGGACAGUCCCGCCACCCUUUAGGGUUUCUGCCUGGAGGUCAGAUCACACCAACCUUAAUCCCUCCCUCUCUAUCCUGAAAACCCCGCUUCCUUGGCCUUUUCCCAGCCCUUGGCCUUUUCCCAGCCCUUCCCCCUCUCUCCCUCCGGAAUAGCAACUGGCCCUGAACCUGAACCUGGAGAAGGAGGAUGGCCGCACCCACCAGGGGCCGGGAGGACGAUGGGCGGGACCUGGCGGAGACUCUGGGAGGACAGGGCGGGGAUGCGGGGCGUGUGAGGGGCAUCCUGGGUGCUAACCAAGAAUGGGCCAGGCUCUGCGGCUGUGGCCACAUGUUCAGCCCUGGAUGCGAAUGGCUCCAGUCCCUGUGCGCUCUGCUCACCCGGCCUGGGCCUCCAGCCUGGUCCCCAGCCCCUUCCUCCACCACCACCCCCACACACACACCCCCGCUCUCCUGGACGCUUGGGUAUCUCACAGUCUCCUGGGUGUCUGUGGCCUUUCAGAAGUCCUUUCCCAGACUGCGGUGGAUGCAGAGGUAGGGAGAUGGGGGCCCAGAGCUGCUUGAGUGCCGCCUGCCGUUUCCAUCCUCCCGCUGUCGCUCUCCAGGACGUUUCCUUUCUGUCCUUCCUCCGGCCAAGGGUCGGGUGGGCGCCUCAAUCACGCCUGGCAGCUCCCCAUUUCCUCGGCCACCUGGCUGGCGCUCCUCACCUGCUUCGCCUGAAAGAACAAAUGCGGGCACGUGCACAUAAACGUUGGGGAAAAGCGGCUUUGGGGAAAGUCUCCCUGCAACCUAUUAAAUCUCCCCUAAAUCUAACCCUAAAGACCGUUGCUUUGGACCUGCAGGGCAGCUGCGUCCCGCAGGCAGCCCCGGCUCCUCCAGCUGUGCCUCUGCGAGAGGGGGUGGGGUGCAAUGGGGGUAUCUCUCCCAAAGACAGACGCAGCAGCCAGAGGUCACCACGCACCAGGAUGCAGCCCUGCACUGGGUGAAGGUCACGGUCAGGGUUUUGGAUUCUGCUUACCUGACUCGACAGACAGGCUUCCCAGCCAGUCUCGGACCCACGUGACUCCACCAGGCUUCCGUUGAGCUUCUGCUCUGGGUUUUGGCAAAUACCCUUUAUGCUUCUGAGACACGCAUUGGCCUUGGACAGCUGGGCAGGCAGGGACUUGUCUCAAAUGCUUAUGAAAUUGGUCAUUAUGAGCAAGUUCUAUGGGUCUUACUGAUUUUGGGACUCUUUUAAAAAUGAGGCACAAUCAGAAACUUGGUGUUGAGUGGAAUGAACAUCUGAAGUACCAAAAGGCCCUGUGAAGAUGCCACGAGCUUCUUCCCUGAAGUGGCCUCCCAAGAAUGGGGACACGGCUCUACUGUCUUUGACUGUUAACUCAUGAAGGUAAGAGAAUUUAAUCCAUCUUCUUUAAUCCUUGGACAUUAACUUGAUUUACUGUUUUAACUUUCGUUUCUCCCUGAAAAAUUGUGAAAGGAGGCUUGCAUUUAAGGUUGAAGUAUUUCCAUGUUAGCAUUUUAUUUUGACGUAUCUUAGGGAUGUCAUUUUAUUUCUCUGCACAUCCUCACAGAGGUGACAUUGGACCAAGUGCCUGGACCAUAGUUUGUGAUGGGAAAUUGAAUAAGGACUAAAAGUUUGGUCUUAGGUGUGGAGUGGUAUAGAAAUCACUUAAUUGAUGGAGUUUCUGAGCCAUUUCAGAGCCUUCUGGGGACAAAAUCUAAACCGACCACUGGAGGUCCCAUGAUGUUGGUGAUGGAGGAUGGACUUGAUGUGGGCUCAGGGGAGUUAGAGGGUCCCCAGGCUGGCUUCCUUCCUCCAGGGAGGAUGGCCACAUACUUGGCUAAUCAGGGGCUAAUGAUUAAGGGGUUUAAAGAAGAAGAUCUGGGAGAAGAUCUGGGAGGACUUUUUCUCCCCUAUUCUGCGUGGGUUUUUCCAUGGGGAAGAAUAGCAUCACUGUAAUAUUCCUGGUCUCUCCCCACUUUCAUAUUCAUUCCCCCCGCUGAGUUUUAUCAAUAUUUAUCAACAUUACAGGUGGCUUUUUUUUUAUUGAAACAAUUUUUUUAGAGCAGUUUUGGGUUCACAGCAAAAUUGAGAGGAAGGUACACAGAUUUCCCAUAGACUUCCGGACCCACACAUGCACAGUCUCCCCCAUUAUCAGCAUCCCCCGCCAGAUGGGCCGUUUGUUACAAAUGAGGACCUGACAUUGACACAUCAUUGUCACCCAAAGGCCAUAGUUUACAUUACAGUUCACUCUUGGUGGUGUACAGUCUAUGGGUCUGGACAAAUGUAUUUUAUGACAUGUAUCCAUCAUUACAGUUUCAUACAGAGUAUUUUCACUGCCCUACAAUCCUCUGAGCUCUGCCUCUUCCCUUCCUUCCGCCUUAACCCCUGACAACCACUGAUCUCUUACUGUCUGGAUAGUUUUGCCUUUUCCAGAACGUAAUAUAUUUGGAAUCAUCCAGCAUGUAGCCUUUUCAGAUUGGCUUCUUUCACUGAGUAAAAUGCAUUUAUGUUUCCCCCAUGUCUUUUCAUGUCUUGAGAGCUCAUUUCUUUUUACUGCAGAAUACUAUUCCAUUGUCUGGAUUCUAACACAGUUUUAUUUAUUUAUCCAUUCACCUACCGAAGGACAUCUUUGUUGCUUCCAAGAUUUUGGCAAUUAUGCAUAAAGCACCCAGAUGCUGGGCCUUUGCUCAGGACCUGGAAGGGCGGCCCCAGCUCACCAGCACCCCCAGGGCUGGGUGAAGCCCCACGUCCCUCUGCCUGGUCCUCCCUCCUCGCUGGCCAGACCCCCCCCCCCAGGUCCUUGGGGACGGGGCCCCUCUCAGAGCUGUCUCCAGAGAACAUAUUCUAAGGGGACAUGUGUCCCUCAUCUCUGGGCCUGGUCCGACACUCAUUUGAGGCUGAGGAUUAAGCCGGUUUACAGCUUGCUGAUCCCUUCACGUUGUCAGAUAAUUGGGCUGAACAGGGUCGUGACGGGCUGGCCGGGGGUCCCAGCAGAGGCACCUCCUUCUCUGGGGAGUCCCACUCCAACACAGGCCUCGGCAGGGCUGGUCCUUCUACAUCUCUCUGUGUCGUUCUGUGUCCUCCCUCCUCCACACCUGAGGCUUUUUCUUGAACCAUGGGACUUGUUUACCAUCCUGGCAUCCUUUACCUCUACGCCUGUUAGAAGGAUUCCUAUUCCUUCUCUUCCUAAAUAAUGCUGUAAUGUGCUCUCUCGAGGUCCCUUGCUGACAUUUUUAAAAGAAAGAAUUCACAACCAGGAACGUGCAGGAAGACGCUUCCUGCUGUUGGGAAAUCAUGUGUGGGCUGAAGAGCUCCCUGAGUGCUCUGAGGUUAUUGCUAAGAUGACAAGCAUUUCUCUAAGCAGGGGGUAGGCACGCGGCUUUCACAGCUGAAGCACAGGUUCGCACUGAUUCCCUAGAAGACACGGGGCAUCAGUUGAACUCUGAUAUGUUUUAAAAGAUCCAUAUUCACUGUAAUGGUUUCCUUCUGGGAAGUUAAUUUCUCACCAGUUGUUUCCUGCUUUUAUUAUUCCCAUAGAGCACCCACAUGAGAAAACCCACAAUGCAACCAACAAGAAGUGGAUUCUUAGCUGAUUUUUCUAGCUCCCGGUACACAGGACAGAGAAGUCGCCUUUCCCAGUUCACGCAGUAGGGCAGAAUGAAGAGGAUUCUUGAGGUGACUUUGCAGGAUGUGCUUUAUUUUGUCAGUCCUGAACCCAAACUACAGAGGAUCAUUUUUGGGGGGGGGACAUAGUCUAGUCCAUUCGAUGAUUCUUCUCAGAAACUGUCUUUUAAUAUGGAAUGAAAACUACAUUUCAAUCAUCAGUUUUUCAUGCUACAUUGUUAUUUCAUGAAGAGGUUGUAUGACCCAUAAUAAUAAUUUAAGAAAAGGCCAUUUGUUUAUUUCCCCAAGCUCAAUAUACAUAUUUCUUCCAUAAUUUUGAACUUAAAAAAACCCGUCUCAGAUGUAAAAAUGUGAAUUGGAAUAUGUAAACUCGUUGAUAGACCUGAAAAACAGGGGAAAAAAAUGUCACAUACUGGAAAAACCACUGCCGUGAAUCAUGGAAAUGGGAGGAAGCGUGGGGGUGGGGCAGAGGAGAGCUCAGACCUCAGUCAGUAAAGGUGACAACGUCCAAGGACCCCGCCUCCAGCUGGGCGUCGGUGUUUCACGGAGAGCAGUAACUCUCUGAACCAGAAAACCACCAGGUCAGAGUGAGUCACCCACCACCUGGGCCUCAGCAACACCAUGUCCACGUAUUUGUUUUGCUGCUGUUUUUUCCUGAGAGGUCACUGGUGUUUAAUGGAAAGACGUCUCAUUAGUCUUCAGUUAAGGUAAGGCAGUAAGUGUCACUAAUGUUAUGUUUUUGCUUAGGAUGAGGCUUGUCCUUCCACUGGCAUCGCCAUGGGUCACUGGCCCCCUCCCUGUUUCCCCUCUAGACAUAUGGGUAGGAGUUUUCAGUCCCCGUUCUGUUGCGUAUUCGGGGUGCAGGGCCCCCGUCCUCCUCACGGCAGUGUCCCCUUGGCCGCAGAGCCCCGUGCAUUGCGUUGCAUUGUAGCGUCUCUUCGGAGGGCGCCGCCCCUCACAGGAGAAGGCCUCUCCUUCCUUCUCCUCCUCCUGUUCUGUUCCUCUGAGGGACGAGACCCAUCAGUGACUCCAACACGUAGUCCAUCAGAUUGCAAGACACCGGCACUAAAACAUAAAGCGAGUAGCCCUGAUUUCAGAGGAAUGGAAUUACAAAGGACUUUUCGAGAGUACCUCUGCUCGUAGCUCUGAGGGCAAAAGGAAGCCCAGUCCUUCUGCAGCAGUCAGAAGAGAGACCGUUUCCACCGAAUUAGAAAUGCUUAGCUCUUAGGAGAGUAUUGUGCUUUUCUUUUUUUCUUUGGAAAAUUCCAAUGUGAACUUGGCUUGUGGUCUGUGGCCUGGGGCGUCAGUUUGUUUUCUCCCUGGUCCAUUUGAUCAUGGUUUCUGGCGAACGGUACAGGAAUAUUAAUUUGGCAUAGAGGUCCUCCUCCAGUUCCAGCUCCCCGGUCUCUCGAACUAAAAAAAUAUCUGUGCAUAACUUCAAAAUCCGAUCCACAUUCGGAAGCUCUUCAAACAUGAUGGAGUGAGAAAUCCCGCUGAAGAAUUCACGGACAAACUUCCCAAUCACCAGGACCACUGAAGCGUAGAGGCCCAUGAUACUGAAAAAAAAAAAUGAGGUAGAAAUGUAUCUGGCCGUUACAUAUGGUUAAGAGAACAUGCCUAAAAGAAAAAAAAAUUGAACAUUUUCCCUCAAAUGCCAUAAAAGACGUGAUAGACUUACCAAGGCUUAAGUUGUUUCCCCUUGCUGAAAACAUUGACCUUUCUGCUGAUUAAAGGGUAAUGCAUGCUUUUUUUUUAAAAAAAUUACACAUUACAGAACUGUGGGACUUGAAAGAUGAAAGUCCUUUGAAAUCUUACAUUCUGGAAACAACCAAUGUUAAUAGUUUCGUGUAUGAACUUCUGGUGGUUUUACUGCGUAUAUUAUAUGCAUAAGCUACGUAACAUAUCUGGUAGAUAGAGGGGUGGGAUGGGGGGUGGGAGGGAGACGCAAGAGGGAGGAGAUAUGGGGAUAUAUGUAUAUGUAUAGCUGAUUCACUUUGUUAUAAGGCAGAAACUAACAUACCAUUAUAAAGCAAUUAUAAUCCAAUAAAGAUGUUAAAAAUAUA